CAUAAAUAAUUAACAUAACAAAUAUUUCAAUGUUAAAAAAUAAAGUCACAGAUUAGUGACGAUAAGUUUUAAAGGUUAUGGACGCGUAAUUUAUUACGACACUUAAUAUUUUGUCAUUCCGAAAUAAAUUACAAAAAAAAAAAUGUCUGUUAAAAAAUUCGUCUUGAUUCUACGUUCUAAGAGUAGUCGUGAAGAAAUCAUGCGCGCUCAAAAAAUAUUUUUAAAACUUCGUACUGCUAGUUCGGUUUAAUAUAGAAAGUUAACCGAGUUGGAAUACAUCGACGAAGAUGAAAAUUAUGUUCUGUUUAAUGAACUGAAGAAACCUAUCAAAGUUAAAAUACUGGCUAAUGAAGAUUCAGAAAAUGCUUUGUUGCCAUUGUGUAACAAACCAAAAAGACCAACAAUUCGAAAGCAUUUUUCGAACAGUCCAGUAAGUACGAAAGAGUCUAAGAAACGAGCGAAUGAAGAAACCGGAGAAGAGGGAUGUACUCAGGAAAAGAAAAGAUUAUCACAUACGAAAAAAAAGUCAUAGAAGCAAGUGACGCGCUAUAUACAUCAGAUGCAGAGUGCUGAACUCCUUUUUUUCUGAUUUUGAUGUCGUUUUCAAAAUCCGAAGUUGUUUUUUCUUUUCGAAGAAAAAAUAAAAUUAAUGAUCAAUCCGAUAAAGAAACAGAACCAAGUCCAAUCUCAGAAACAGGACAAAAUUCAAUCGUAAAAAUAAGACGAAGUUCAACCCCAGAAGCAAGACGAAGUCGAACCCCAGAAGCAAGACGUAGUCCAACUCCAGAAGGAAGACGAAGUUCAACCCCGGAAGCAACUCCACGUCAUGUGGAGGUAAAUGUUGUGAUAAAUCCUAUCAAUAAAAAAUUUCAAAACGGUGAACCUAAAAAACCAUUCAGUCAGCGCAAAUAUGAAAACGAUGAUAUUAUUUUAGAUUUAUCUUCAAUUCAACCAAAGCCCUCUUCUCAUGAACAAAUGAACCCACCAAUCUUUACACCAGAAGGUUCUAAAAAUAACAAGAAUAAAAGCAGUGAAAAAGUUACUACGGUAAAUAAGAAUAUGUUUGUUGAACCUUUGGAGGAUGAAAUUGUAAACAUGAGUGAUAAUGAUGAGCCGGUAUUUGAAAAAGUUCAAGAGUCAACAUCUAAAUUUGAUAGUAGGAAGAAUGAUACAGAUAAGGAAAAUGCAAAGACUACUCGUAACUCGAAAAAAGAUUUAAACAAUGAUUCCAUAUCACCUGAAAAAACAAUGGUCAAUAAAUUUAAAACUGUUGAUCAAAAAAGAAAAACAGUAGUUGUUGCGGGAUAUACUAUGGACAAAAACUACUAUAAUAAAGCUGGAAGCUCAAAGAACGUUGCAUCUAGACUGUCUAGCAUUAUGAGUGGAUUUUGGAGUGAUGAGGAAGCUUCAAAAUAUUGUUUAAAAGCGCGAUCAGAUAAACCGCAUUUGCAAGAAAUCGGCGACGCUGAAUUGAUGCCCAUAAAAAAUAUUUUCAAUGCUAUCAAUGAAGCAAUACCUUUGAAAAUUAUGAAUAAAAAGAAAAAUAAUGGUGUGAAACUCGACGAUGAAAUCCGAAAUUGUGCAAGUAGCAAUUUUAAAGCAAGGCGCAAGAAAUUAAAGAGUGUUAUUCCUACUCCUGCUAAUACACCUCAGUCUACAAACUUAUCUGUUGAAUUUAAGGACAUUUCACAAAUUGAUAAUGAAAUAGCAAGAUUGGAAAAACUUAAAGAUGACCUGAAUAAAAACAAAAAGGAAAAUGAAAACGUUUCUCUCCAGCAGUUACGAGCCAUGGAAGAGUCAUUAAAGAUGAGAGAAUUAGAGUUAAAUCGUAAAGAAAAGUUUAUUAAACAACGAGAAGAAGAGUUGAAUAAUCCUGAAAGAGAAUAAUAAUCUAAUAAUUUUCCAGAUAAACAUUAAAACUAAAACAUAUACUUACAGAGUAGUAAACUUUGAUUGCAAGCAAAUUUUUUCUAAA